UCUUUCUCUGGAACACAGCGAGGAAUUGGUAAAGCGAAAAAGAGAGGGCCGGAGAAAAGAAAAGAAGGCGACCGGAGGAGAGAGAAAGAAGAGAGAGAGAGAGAGAGGGAUUUGGUACAGUGCGAGAAAGCUCCUUGCUUUGUCAAAGAUGUUGAACAGUGAUUCAGUGCUCUCCUCUCUUUCUGCCUCCACCGUCAUUGCUCUUUGCGCGUAGACUUUUCAAUUUUUCCUGGCGUCCGCAGUACGGCGAGCGGGCGUAGAUCCCUGACUCCUCCUCUCCUUCGCUCUCUCUCCCUCCGUUAUCGUCCCAUGCGCUCGCAGUAGAGCUGCGGAGCCGCCGUGAUUCCGGUGGCCGCGCCGGUGCCGAAUCGGGGGUCGCCGCUCGCUCGUGCGAUCUCCGGCGGAUUCCCCGUUUUUUUUCUUUCUUUUUUUGGGCCGCCGCCGCCGCCGCUGCUGCUGCUAAGAGCUUGCAGAAAUCGUUGAUAACUGGACCCUAGUCAUCGGUUUUGCACCUUCUAGAAUUCUAUCCCGAAAAAUGUCAUUGUUCCUGCUAUAAUGGAAAGAUGUGCAACAGCUGCAUCUUGAGAACAGAGACAUAUCCAUAUUUUUGCUUGCGUUGAAGAAAGAUGAAGAAAUGGUACGCUGGUGUUUUGGUUGCGUCUCUUUUCAUGUUACUUGUCCUAAGAUUUAUGGUCUCGAACAAUCCCAUGGGGCAAGGCUAUCUGUCUAAUCCAUUCUCCUCAAAUGCAAGUAAUCCUCUUGAGUGGGUGCGUGCUACCACUCCACCUAUCAUUCAAAGUCCAGUGAACAAAUCUGUUGUUAUCUCCACUGAAACAAUGGUCUCGAGUCUUUUUGCUGAAAGGAAUAUAUCUACUGAAGAGCGGCAAUCUCUCUUGUCAUGGCAUCAUUUGAGGCAUUUAAUAGAUAAAGCUCAAGAAUUACCUAAUGGUUUAGAGGCUAUAAAACAAGCUGAGAAUGCAUGGAGUAGCCUCAUGUUCUCAGUGGAAGAGGAAAGGCUCGCCUCUAGCAAUGACACUUCACGAAGGAGGACAAAUGAGAAACAAUGUCCUCAUUUCCUUAACAGAAUGAAUGCUACGGAGCUUGGUAAUGAGGGCUUCAGGCUGCGAGUUCCUUGUGGCCUUACCCAGGGCUCUUCCAUUACAAUUAUUGGCAUCCCAGUUGGUCUUCUCGGCAACUUUCGGAUUGACUUAACUGGGGAACCACUUCCUGGAGAGCCCGAGCCACCCGUUAUUUUGCACUAUAAUGUAAGGCUUCAUGGAGAUAAGAUCACUGAAAAUCCAGUUAUUGUCCAAAAUACCUGGACUCUUGCUCAUGAUUGGGGUGAAGAGGAACGCUGUCCAUCCCCAUCUCCAGAAAAGAAUAAGAAAGUCGAUGAGUUGGACCAGUGCAACAAGAUGGUGGGUAAUGAUGAUAAUCGCGCACGUUCGAACAUUUCAAAACUGAAUCCAAGCAGGAUAUCUACAUCUGGAAAAUAUUUUCCCUUUAAGCAAGGUUAUUUGUCUGUUGCAACACUUAGGGUUGGAUCAGAAGGGAUCCAAAUGACUGUUGAUGGAAAGCACAUAACAUCAUUUGCUUAUCGUGAAACUCUGGAGCCCUGGCUUGUAAGUGAAGUUAAAAUCUCUGGGGAUCUUAAACUGAUUUCAGUUGUUGCCAGUGGUUUACCCACAUCAGAGGAUUCGGACCAUACUACUGAUUUGGAGUCACUCAAAUCGGUUCCUCUUCCUCAAGAGAAGCAAUUAGAUCUCUUCAUUGGUGUGUUUUCAACAGCAAACAAUUUUAAGCGUCGCAUGGCUGUUAGGAGAACAUGGAUGCAAUACUCAGCUGUGCGCUCAGGGGCAGUAGCGGUGCGCUUUUUUGUUGGUUUGCACAAGAACCAGAUAGUGAAUGAGGAACUUUGGAACGAGGCAAGAACAUAUGGAGAUGUACAGCUGAUGCCCUUUGUGGACUACUACAAUCUCAUAACAUGGAAAACCCUUGCCAUCUGCAUCUUUGGGACGAAGGUUCAUGUGGCCAAGUAUAUAAUGAAGACUGAUGAUGAUGCAUUUGUUCGCGUGGAUGAAGUGCUGGCUUCUCUAAGUAGGAUAAAAGCAAAAAAGGGGCUGCUGUAUGGACUCAUCAACUCUGAUUCUCGACCUCAUCGAAGUACGGAUAGCAAGUGGUAUAUCAGCCACGAGGAAUGGCCUGAAGAUUCUUAUCCUCCUUGGGCACAUGGGCCGGGGUAUGUGGUGUCCCAUGACAUUGCAUCUGCUGUCCAUAAGAAAUAUCAAGAUGGCCAAUUGAAGAUGUUUAAGUUGGAAGAUGUGGCGAUGGGGAUCUGGAUUGCUGAUAUGAAGAAGAGUGGCACGAAGGUACACUACGAGAACGAAGGGAGGGUCUAUAACGAGGGUUGCAAGGAUGGUUAUGUGGUUGCCCACUACCAAGGCCCGCGAGAGAUGCUCUGCCUAUGGCAGAAACUUCAAGAGGCCAAACGUGCCACGUGUUGCGGAGAUCGGUAGACUCUUUACAGUAUCUGAAGCUGCACAAUGAGCGAGAAUGACAUCUCAGUGAAAGGCUCAUUGCGUGGAAAAUAGGAGAGGUGUUUCCUCCACUUAAUUCUCCUCCAAUUUUGUUUAUUCUUUUCCCCGACUACAUUGUAUAGUUAGUAUUCUGUGUGGUCCAUGUGGGUUACGAGUUGAUCACCGCAGAGAGCGAGAGCGAGAGAGGGAGAGAGGGAGAUGGAGGGAGGUGAUUGUACAGGGUUAGUCAUAGGUGAUUACCGGGCUACCACGGCUUACCUAGAGGUUGACAAACAUUAGAUACCUAUCAAAUUAAUAGCAUUCUUUUUGCUCUA